AUGGCCGCGCGCGGGUCACACACGCCGGCCUCGGGGGGACCCCGCACCCCACGCCCUCAGGACAGGCCGUCCCGCCCGGGAGGAGCAGCCGGGGAGACCCGGGCCCCGCGGGCCCAGCGCUCAGCGCGGCGAGGUAGUGCGGGCAGCUGCGGGCGCGCACGUGGGCCCAGGUGGGCGCAAAGACUGGCCGGCCGAGGAGCCCGAGAGAGGCCCCGAGAAGGCGGAAGCCCGGACCCAGGCUCUGGCCGCCGCCCUCGGAGUUCACAGGGAAACUGCGCUUCACCUCUGGGGGAGCGGCAGGGGCGUGACGGCGCGCGGGGCCCCCGGGGCGUGAUUGGCAGGCCCGGGGAGGACCCUCUCCGCACCCGCGCUGAGUGGCCGCUUCUGAUCACCGUCCCUCCCACCCUAGACUCCUCCCCUCAGCCCCGGGGCCCGAGGCCGAGCGGUUUCUGCGACCCCCGGACGCCGGGCCUGGCUGGAGACCACCCUGGACACGUGUCAGGGGCCGGCCCUGGCGCAAGAUCGGGGACAGGGCCGUGGGUUCGGGUCAGGGGCCCCCGGCUGCCACCUGCCCGGCCACCUGCGCUGCUCCCCAGGUUCCCCCUGCGCGUUCUCGGCCGAGAAAGAGACUCGGAGUCCGGGCGCCGGGACGGCUCCUGUUCCCGACCCUCCGUCCACGGCUCCCGCGGGGCUCGGCCCCGGGGUCCCGCCCAGGUCUCCGCGGUCCCCGCUAGGAGGGGCGCGGAGACAAAGGCGCCAGAGCCGCCCCCACUGGCCCCCGAGGGUCACUCACCGGCGCUGCGCUCGCUGCUCCGAGACCGAGGGGUGCCGCGGGGUCCCAGGCCCGGGCGAGCAGGUCCCGGCUUCAAGCGCCGGCUCGCGGGGUCCCCGGACAGCCUGCACCGCCUUCCGGGGUCGGGAGCCCGAGGCCGCCGGGGCUGGAGGCGGCUUCUCGCGGGCGCGCGGCGGCGGAGACUGAAGGCGGCUCCGAGGGACGGGCGCGCACCCCGCUCCCGGCCCCGCCUCCCCGGGCUUCCUGCGCGCCAGGGCGGGCCACCUUCCUGCCUGCAGAUGUCCCUGCAGCUGGGCUCUGGGCUCAGGAGCGUCCCUCAGACCACAGUGACAGCGGCAGCACGCGACCUUCUGUUCUGCGCUCCUUCUGCUGGGGUUUCAGCGGUUUCCUGAAGCAUUACAUAUGCCAACGGUCAGCCCUGCAAACGGCAGGCUCCACACGUUCCAGUUAAAAGUCUUUUUAAAGGCCUGUCUCGGGGGCUUUCCUGCCCUCCUGGUUAGCAAAAGGACCCCAAGUGGAGGACAGUGGAUGGAAGAAACAGAGGUUGGCAUUUCACCAUGGAGAGACAAACUUUCACAUGACGAUGUCUGUGCAGCCCUCGGCAAAGUACAGAGAUUCGUUGUGCUGAAUAAAAUAGGAAGGCAUCUCU